AUGCACUAUGCGCUUUUCGCAGAUUCCAACAUCCACGACUAUCAGAGGCUUCGUGUCAAGGACAAGUCCUUUACUGGAAAAACGCCGGAUGAAAGUUCCGGAGAUGGGCGACUCCAUUCGAGAGGUAAGGAGGAAUGGAAGCUUGUCAACGGCGUUCCUUGGUGGUAUGAUGCUUGUCCACAAAAGUUCAAGCCGAUCGAUAGUUUUACAGGAACCAUUGUAGAAUGGGCAGUCAAGACUGGCCAAGCUGUCAAAACCGAUGAUGUUGUUGCCAUGGUCGAGACAGACAAGGUGACGGUUGAAAUCCGAGCAGAAAUUGAUGGUGUCCUUACAGAGAAGUUUGCCGAAGUAGACGAAACGGUUGAUGUUGGAGGAGACUUAUAUGAGAUUGAUACCGAGGGAGAGGCAAGCACCGCUGUAGCAUCUCGAGAAGAUUUGUCGAAGGAUACGAUUGCCAGCUCUGACGAAUUAGAUGAAAAUCUCAUCGCGGAACCAGCGCAGACUGCCAAAGAAGAAUCAAGCAAUAGUGGACACCGCUCGCCUUCGAUUCAAUUUUUGGGGAAAGAGGGGUGGGCAAGAGUCCUAAGCGGCGAACCUUUGAAGGAACCGCAACAGCUAGCAACAGUCCAAGUGUUAGUCCUCGAUCCUAUGUAUGGUCGGCCUAAAUUCACGGAGGAAGAAAUAGAAGCUCUCAUUUUGGGAGGGGCAUCCAUCGCACCAGAAGUUGUGUCGCAUUCGACAGGAGCAAAGUUCAGGCUUUAA